UAUUUAUAACUACGUGUUUAAAAUAGACUCAAUAACCCGAUAUCUAUCUGAUUUAAAAUUAUAUAAAAAUCAAUAUGGACAAUUGGUCCGAAUUUACCCGAAACACGUAAACCUAAAUUAAGCCCAUGACCCGAAUUACAAACCCAAUAAUAUGAAAACUCUGUUUUAGAAGAUCAUAAAACGAUUUCAUUACAAACCGAUCGAUCAAUCAAUCAAUCUUGAUUCCAUAAACAAUAAUAGGAGUCAGGAGAAAUGAAUUGGUUAACGAAAAAGGGUUUCCAUAACCAGAAAACCCAGAACCAAAAAGAAACCUCUGAAUCGAAGAAGAAGAAGAAGAACGACGAUGAAGCAGCAAAGAAAAUGGUAGAUUUUCGAAUGCCGUUACAUUACCCAAAGUACAGUAAAGAAGAUUACUUGAAUAUGGAGGAAUGGCGAUUGGAUUUACUGCUUAUUCAAUAUGGUCUUCUUGAUCAUGUUAAUGGUACUCUUCAUUAUAAGAGGAAUUUUGCUAUGGGUGCCUUUUUAUGGCCUCAUCAAUUUUGAUUAUUACAUUCUUUUAAUUCUUCACUAUGUUCUAGAGUAUUCUAGAGUAUGUAUUUUUACUUUUUCUUUUUAAUUGAUUAGGGAUUUGUGAUAUAUAAUUCAUUGAUCAAAGGUUAUUCCAUCAUUGGUAUUUGGUAGUAAUCAUUUUGCUUAU